AUGUCAAUAUUCGAUCUACACAAUCCAGGACAUACUUCCAUUGAGAUUAUGGAACUACAGGAAUAUAAAGUACAAGGCACUAGAGAGAUAUUUGCUAAGAGAAAGGACAUUGCACUAUUGCUAUCAAGUAUUACUUUCAAUACUAUUGUGCAUACACAGACCUAA